AUGCUCAAUACCGCGCUGGUGCUUCUGCUGGCCUCGUUGCUCCGGCUGGUGUACCAGCGGGCGAUCAGGCCAUCGCCGCCCAGGAUCUGCGGCGCUCCGGGAGGACCGCCGGUGACGGCGCCCAGGGUGAAGCUCAGGGACGGGAGGCACUUGGCGUACCUGGAGACCGGCGUUCCCCGGGCCGCCGCCGCCCACAAGAUCAUCUUCGUCCACGGCUUCGACUCCUGCAGGCACGACGUGCUCCCGGCGUCGCAGGACCUACUCCGGCGCCUCGGCGCCUGCGUCGUCUCCUACGACCGGCCCGGGUACGGCGAGAGCGAUCCGGACCCGUGCCAGACGGAGCAGGACCUCGCUGACCAGCUCGGCCUCGGCGACAGGUUCCACGUCGUCGCCUUCUCCAGGGGCGGGCAGGUCGUGUGGAGCUGCCUCGCCCACAUCCCGCACAGGGUCGCCGGCGCCACGCUCGUGUCGCCCGUAGCCAACUUCUGGUGGCGCGGCUUCCCCGCGGCGGCGUGUCCAGGCGGGCGUACGCCGCGCAGCUGCCGCAGGACCGGUGGGCGGUCAGCGUGGCGCGACACGCGCCGUGGCUCGUCUAUUGGUGGAACACCCAGCGGUGGUUCCCUCCCUCCAGCCUCAUCGCGCGCGACCGCCGCGUCUACUCGCCGCCGGACCUCGACGUCAUGUCCAAGCUCGCCGCUACAGGGCGGAGGUCAAACAGCUGGGGGUGUUCGAGGCGCUGCACCGGGACAUGAUCGUGGCGUUCGGCGAGUGGGACUGCAGCCCGCUGGAGCUGGAGCUGGGCAACCCGCCGCCCCGCGAAAAGGAAGUGACGGUGCACCUGUGGCACGGCGCCGACGACCGUGUAGUCACGCCGAUCAUGUCGCGCCACAUCGCGCGGCAGCUGCCCUGGAUCAUGAGGUGCCGGACGCCGGGCACCUGUUCAUGCUCGCCGACGGCAUGGCUAAAGUGUUCUUGUUGUUCUUGGUUUUGGUAGGCGUUGGCAUUGAGGGACCGGAGGCCGGCGACGAUGAGAUGUCGGAUGAGCAGGAGGACAUCGGUCUCUCCAUGACCAUCAACGACGAGCUGCGCCUCUGUGGGAUGACCAGAGACGACGAGGACGAUGUCGCUGGGGAUGACGAGGAGCUCUUCGGCUGUCGUGCUACCGAGGAACUCUACGACCGUAUUGCUGCUGACCCACUUCCCGUCUUGUGUUUUCUUCUGUGA